AUGUGGUGGCUUAUCAGCGCCUGCUCGAGCGCCAUCUUCCUCCUCAGCGUUGUCCUUUCAAUACCGAUUGCCUUCGAUGUCGGGGGGCGAGACGCCGGCCUAGCUUAUUCGCUAUCGCUCUUCCUCUUCUACUUCUUCUACAGCAUCAGCAAGCUUUUAACGCCCGAGAGAUCACGGGUACGAUGGUUCUUCACCAGCUUGGUGGGGCUGUCGCAAUGGGUGGUCAUUCCCGCGCUACUGAUCUGGUCGCUCAACCGCUUUUCGGUCGAUGCGGCCACUACGGGCUGGAUUUCGCGCACAUUUUCGAGUAUCACGACGCACCAUAAGAGCUGGUGGGAGUGGUUCUUCGGCCAGGAGGGGUUUCUGGAGACGAUGGCCCUGGGGGCAUGGGACAAUAUGCUGAGCUAUUCGAGCCCCGUCUUUCAGUUGCUCGAGGGUUUCUGCAGCCUGCUCGUUAUCCAGGCUGCUGGCCAAAUCACCAGAUGGCUCGUCAACCGAGGGCGGAGCGACACUUGGAUUAUCCUUCUUGUCUUCUCCAGCUCUAUCAUAUCUAGCGCCGUGUACUUUUUAUGGCGCGUCGUUACCUUCCCGCAGAUUGGCAAUCUUGACGCCAUUCUGAUCGGCGUUGCUAUGACGUCCGCUUUUUUUCUGUGCGCCUUUGGCAUUGCCAGCGGACGCGGGAACCCCGUCGAGUCUUCCUUACUCUUCGCCUAUACCGUGCUCUGCGUCUACCAAAUAUUCACCGACUAUCAACCAUCACCAGAGGCGGCUGCAGCCGCUGAGCAGGCCGCGGCGUCACAACCCGAAUUCCCACCGCUUCCCCCCAUCAUCAUGGCGUCGUACUCGACUCUGAUGCACAUGCUGAGCAACCUUCCAUCAGCGGUCAACUCGUCAUUCCAAUUUCUCUAUGCCGCAUUCCAGACAAUUACGCCAAGCGUUAUCAUUUCGCUGACAUACCGUAUCAUUGUCUUUUAUUGCGCAACCAGAAUUAUUCCCGCAGUAAGGGAGCUGGGCGCCCAGGCGAUCAUUGAGGGGCCCGGCUUAGAGGACAACGAUGGGGCGAACCGCCUGCUCGGGUUCCUCAGCUGGUUCUCUCCGUCAAUGCUCAUCGCCGUAUACACUAGUCUGUUGUUGCAACACUUUAGUGUGUCUAACAGCGGCGACGACGUCGGCUGGACACUGCGCGCAGGUGACGCUGGUGGUAGCACCUGGCGGUGGAUUAACAUUGCUGCCACGAUGGGGCUUUAUGCCGUGGAGCUAUAUCUCGGAGGAGAUGGAGACGGGGGCCUGCACUGGAAAACCGAUUAG